CACCUUUUAUCGAUUCACAGCUGGAUUCUCAUGUUCUUCUUCUUCCUUCUUCUUCAAACCUUUCCGGGACACUGUGGCAAGAUUCUUGGCAAUAACUUGAGCUUCUUAGCUUUGAUCUGCUGUUCAUAAUCAUCUCCUCAAGUUCGUAUUUGUAAUUAAGAUGCUGAGAUAUUGACUGGAAAUAGAUGUUGAGUUUGUGGCAGCUAUGUUUAGAGUUCAAUCUUUCAUUACAAGUUCAAAGCUUCGAUUUUUUUUCAUAGAGAAAAUGAAACUGUUAAGAGUUGCUGGUGUAGUUUUCAUUUUAAUCUUAACCUUCCAGUUCGUGAACAUACGUUACUAUGGUGGUGAGAUAUUCUCUUUAUCUUCUCAAGAUGAGUUUCCUGUAUCCUUACAUGAAAGCACAGAACUAAUCAGACCAUUGCCUGGUCCUGAAAGAGUUAAUGUUAGUAGUUUGAGAUCAGCUGAAGAGGAAAAAACCGGUUUAGAAGGAGGUUAUGUAACUGGCUCUGAUACGAAUGUUAGUGUUCAGUCUCAUCAUGAUAGUCUUGUAGAGGAUGCAAAAGAUAAGGAAGUGCUGAUAGAGACAAGAAGCAGCUUGAACGGGAGUGAUGCUGAGAUUGUUAAUGAAAACAAUAAUAGAAUUGUGGAGAAUCUAGAUAGUAAAUCUGAUGAUAGUUUAGUAGAGGCUGCAAAAGAUAAGGAUGCUCUGGACUCGCUGGUGGAGACGAGAAGCAGUUCUAACGAGAGUUAUGUGGAUAUUGUGGAAGAUGCUGACAUUGUUAAUGAAAACAAUAGGAAUGUGGAGAUUCUGGAGAGUAGAUCUGUUGAUAGUCUUUCCCCAGAGGUGAAAAGAGUAAUGAAUGUUUCAAAAUCUGGGGUGGUUUCUGUUGCUGAGAUGAUGAAUCUAUUGCAUCAAAGCCGCAGUACUCAUGUCUCAUUGAAAAUGAAACGGCCUUCUGCAGUUGAUCAGGAGCUGUUGUAUGCAAGAAACCAAAUUGAGAACUCACCUAUGGUGGAGAACGACCAUUUACUGCACGGUCCUUUGUAUUGGAAUCUGUCCAGGUUCAAAAGGAGCUAUGAGCUAAUGGAGACAAAGCUCAAAGUAUAUAUCUACAGGGAAGGCAAAAGACCUGUAUUUCAUAAGCCAGUACUAAAAGGGAUAUAUGCAUCUGAGGGAUGGUUUAUGAGACAGCUCAAAGCCAGCAAAACAUUUGUCACGAAAAACCCGCGUCAAGCUCACCUGUUCUACCUUCCUUUCAGCUCCAAAAUGUUGGAAGAAUCUCUUUAUGUCCCUGGUUCUCACAGCGACAAGAAUCUCGUUGAGUUUCUGAAGAACUAUUUGGACAUGAUUUCCUCUAAGUAUCACUUCUGGAAUAAAACUGGAGGAUCAGAUCAUUUUCUUGUCGCUUGUCAUGACUGGGCUCCUUCCGAGACAAGACAGUACAUGGCUAACAGCAUCAGAGCAUUAUGCAACUCUGACGUUUCAGAAGGUUUUGUAUUUGGUAAAGAUGUAGCACUUCCCGAGACAACUAUUCUUGUUCCCAGGAGACCACUUAGAGCUCUCGGAGGCAAACCCAUUUCACAAAGGCAUAUACUUGCCUUCUUUGCAGGUGGGAUGCACGGUUACCUUAGACCUCUCUUAUUACAAACCUGGGGAGGUAACAGAGAUCCAGACAUGAAGAUAUUCAGUGAGAUACCCAAAUCUAAAGGGAAAAAUAAGAGUUACAUGGAGUACAUGAAGAGCAGCAAGUAUUGCAUUUGCCCAAAAGGGCAUGAAGUUAAUAGUCCUAGGGUUGUGGAGGCACUGUUCUAUGAGUGUGUCCCUGUUAUCAUAUCUGAUAACUUCGUACCUCCUUUCUUUGAAGUCAUAAACUGGGAGUCUUUUGCAGUGUUUGUGUUGGAGAAAGAUAUACCUGAUUUGAAGAAGAUAUUAGUGUCGAUAACUGAGACAAGAUAUAGAGAGAUGCAGAUGAGAGUGAAGAUGGUGCAGAAGCAUUUCCUUUGGCAUUCUAAACCUGAGCGAUUUGAUAUAUUUCAUAUGAUACUUCAUUCUAUUUGGUACAACAGAGUUUUUCAAACUUGAAACCACUUAUUACCAUAUUAGUUUUGAAAUCUGUAGAACAUGCAUGUGAUUAGCAAAGAUUCAUUAAUACAAAACU